UCACCAACUCCACUCCAUCGGUAGAGGAAAGCGAGCUGCGCCAGUUGCGCGACUGUCGCUGCCGUCGCUGCCUCUAUUCGGCCGCCGGUGACAUUGGGAGGAGACCGCUGCAGGUUACAGCUCCCGCUGGCGCGGACAAGCUCACCCGCGAACGCCGGAAAGUCAGGCUCAAAGUGUCUGCUGCUGCUGCCGCCCCCUACUCCGCCUCCGGGAGAGAACCCAAAGAAAUGGUGUCACCUGGCAAGAGAUCUGCUAUCCUUUAUGAAAAAUCAGACCAAGAGCUCUGAAAUCAGCAAGGCAGUAAUCAAAGAGCAGAACUGUUUGAGGAAUCCAACAAGAAAGCAGAAUUUCAGAGUGGGAUAUCAGGACUUUAGUGUGAAGAUACAUCUAUAUUAAACCAGGAAUCAUUGGCAGUGACAUUUGGGCACAAAUAUUUGGAAGAUUUAAAGAACUGUGAAGCUUGAUCAUGGAAAUCAAAGAGGAAGGAGCAUCAGAAGAAGGCCAGAACUUUCUGCCCACACCCCAGGCAAAUGAUACUGGGGACUUUCAGUUCACAAGUAUUCAGAAGACUCCAAAUGAACCUCAGCUGGAAUUCAUCCUUGCAUGCAAGGAUCUUGUGGCUCCUGUGCGUGAUCGGAAGCUGAAUACACUGGUGCAGAUCUCAGUAAUCCACCCAGCGGAGCAGGGUCUGACAAGAUACUCCAGCACGGAAAUUGUGGAGGGAACAAGAGACCCACUGUUUUUGACUGGUGUCACAUUCCCAUCUGAGUAUCCCAUCUAUGAGGAGACCAAAAUAAAACUAACAGUCUAUGAUGUCAAGGAUAAGUCUUAUGACACUGUUAGAACCAGUGUCCUCCCUGAACAUAAGGAUCCCCCGCCAGAGGUUGGGCGAAGCUUUCUGGGCUAUGCCAGUUUUAAAGUCGGGGAUCUACUGAAGUCCAAGGAGCAAGUGCUGACCCUGAGCCUGAGAACUUCAGAUGGUGGCAAGGUUGUUGGCACCAUACAAGUCAGUGUCGUGAAGAUGGGGGAGAUUGAGGAUGGGGAAGCCGACCACAUCACGACAGAUGUGCAGGGACAAAAGUGUGCACUGGUAUGUGAAUGUACAGCCCCAGAAAGUGUGAGCAGAAAAGAUAACCUACCUUUUUUGAAUGCAGUGUUAAAGAACCCAGUGUGUAAAUUAUAUAGAUUUCCCACAUCUGACAAUAAGUGGAUGCGAAUCCGGGAGCAGAUGUCAGAGAGCAUACUUUCUUUUCAUAUUCCUAAGGAAUUGAUCUCUCUUCAAAUCAAAGAAGAUUUGUGUAGAAACCAGGAGCUAAAAGAACUUGGUGAGCUUUCUCCACACUGGGACAAUCUACGAAAAAAUGUCCUUACUCACUGUGAUCAAAUGGUGAAUAUGUACCAAGACAUUCUGACAGAACUCAGCAAGGAAACAGGGUCCUCUUUCAAAUCAAGCAGCAGCAAAGGAGAGAAAACAUUAGAAUUUGUUCCGAUAAAUCUACAUCUGCAGAGAAUGCACGUACACAGCCCUCACUUGAAAGAUGCUCUCUACGAUGUCAUAACUGUGGGAGCCCCAGCUGCGCAUUUUCAGGGAUUUAAGAAUGGUGGUCUUCGGAAACUACUCCAUAGAUUUGAAACGGAAAGAAGAAAUACUGGAUACCAGUUUAUUUACUAUUCACCUGAAAACACAGCCAAAGCAAAAGAAGUUCUCAGCAACAUCAAUCAACUACAACCUCUUAUAGCAACCUAUGCAGACCUACUGCUUAAUUCUGCAAGCCAGCAUUCUCCAGACAGCUUGAAGAAUUCUUUAAAGAUGCUUUCAGAAAAAACAGAGCUUUUCGUACAUGCCUUCAAGGAUCAGCUGGUCAGAAGUGCCCUUUUAGCACUUUACACUGCCAGGCCAGGAGGUGUCCUUAAGAAGCCACCCUCUCCUAAGAACAGCACAGAGGAGAGCAGUUCCCAGGACCCACCUCUGCCGAUGAGAAGGCAGGACUCCAUACCGCAUCAUUCGGACUACGAUGAGGAAGAGUGGGAUAGGGUGUGGGCCCACGUGGGCAAGAGCCUGAACUGCAUUAUUGCUAUGGUGGAUAAACUGAUUGAAAGAGACGGCAGCGGUGAAGGAGACGAUGGCAGCGGCAAAGAUGGAGAAAAGGGCCAUUCUCUAGGGGACUCCGUCAUAACUCAUCCACAGGAGGACUGGUAUGAACAGUUGUAUCCCCUCAUCCUUACCCUGAAGGACUGCAUGGGAGAAGUGGUGAAUCGAGCCAAGCAGUCCCUGACGUUCGUGCUCCUUCAGGAGCUUGCCUACAGCCUUCCCCAAUGUUUGAUGCUGACGCUAAGAAGAGACGUCGUCUUCAGCCAAGCACUUGCUGGAUUGGUCUGUGGUUUUAUCAUCAAACUGCACACAAGUUUGUAUGACCCUGGCUUCCUUGAGCAGCUUCACACGGUGGGAUUGAUAGUACAAUAUGAAGGACUGCUAAGUACAUAUAGUGAGGAAAUUGGAAUGCUGGAGGACAUGGCCGUUGGUAUUUCAGAUUUGAAGAAAGUUGCUUUUAAAAUAACUGAAGCCACAUCCAAUGAUGUCUUGCCAGUUAUAACAGGAAGGCGUGAACAUUAUGUGGUGGAGGUGAAGCUUCCAGGGAGAAUGUUUGAGUCCCUGCCUCUACAGAUUAAAGAAGGACAAUUGCUUCAUGUGUAUCCAGUACUUUUUAAUGUUGGAAUCAAUGAACAGCAAACUCUUGCUGAGAGGUUUGGAGAUGUCUCUUUGCAAGAAAGUAUUAAUCAGGAAAAUUUUGAACUUCUAAAAGAAUAUUACACGGUAUUUAUGGAAAAGAUGCCUCCUGAUUACAUUUCACAUUUUCAAGAACAAAAUGAUUUAAAAGGAUUACUAGAAAAUCUCCAUCAAAAUAUUCAAGCCAAAAAGAGAAAGAAUGUAGAAAUCAUGUGGCUGGCUGCAACGAUUUGUCGCAAGCUAAAUGGCAUUCGUUUCACCUGUUGUAAAAGUGCCAAAGACAGGACGUCGAUGUCAGUGACGCUUGAACAAUGCUCAAUCUUGAGGGAUGAGCACCAGUUACACAAAGACUUCUUUAUCCGAGCGCUGGAUUGUAUGAGAAGAGAAGGAUGCCGCAUAGAAAAUGUACUGAAGAAUAUCAAAUGCAGGAAGUAUGCUUUCAACAUGCUACAGCUGAUGGCUUUCCCCAAGUACUACAGACCUCCAGAGGGAACUUAUGGAAAAGCUGACACCUAAGUUUACCAACAUGUAAAUAAACAGGAACACAAAUACGCUUCCGCUGGAUAAUCUCUACCUUUUUUUUAUGUUUUCAUUGUCAUGAAUUUGUGGAGGGAGGUGAUCAGGGAUAUUUGCCCAAAUCUAGGAAUUACUUGAAUUAGUUAUCAGCCUAUGACUCUGAAAGAAAUCCAUUAAACAAACCUUAAAUCAUAUCGCGUUUCUAGUUCUAAGCUUGUAUUGAUUCUCGCUGGUUGAGAUCAGCUCAGAAAGUGUACAUUUCAUUCAUGGGAUAUUUUAAUGAAAGACAUUCUGAGAAAACCUAGGUCGCUACAGGGGACCUGGGGGUGAUUCAGAGAGUGGCAUUCUCCACUCCAAAGCUAUGAUUGAUAGAGUGUAAAGGGAAGAGAGACUUUGAGAUAUUAUUCCAUAGCCUUUCUCACAAAUAACCUGAGAGCCCAUUUGUGGGCUUUAAAAAAUAUUUUUCUAGUUACUUGAAACUAGGGAGAGUUAACUCAUGAUUUUGACUACAGAAGCAGUUUAUGUGUGCUUGUAAGGACUUUUGUCAUCCAGUGGAGGUGUGACAGGUCCUCCUAAACACGUAGAUGGAGAGCGUUAGUAAAGCAGUAAAAAUACUUUUCAAAAGCAUAAUAUCUUCUCAAAACUCUGACUUAGGUUCGA